AUGCAAGAAGAUUUACUCAACGAUUUCGGGGAUGAAUUCGGGAUUGAUGCUCGUUAUACCGAUCUCGAUGAGAUGCUUUCGAAGGAGAAACCGGAUCUCCUGCACAUCGUUACUGCGCCCGUGCUACGUGGAAGUAAUAAACGUAUCCGCUACCCGCUGAUGAACCAAGCCUCUGAGCACGGCGUACCCGCGGUGAUUGUUGAAAAACCGGUUGCUGUGGAGAGCGAAGACUGGCGGCAGAUAUCCGAGCUUGCCGAACGCACUAAAACGAAGUUCGUUGUCAACACACAACUCAAUUUCCAUCCGCAGAAUCUUGCCCUCAAACGUGAUGUUGCAGAAGGCAAAAUCGGUGCAAUCAAAUUUAUUGAGGCAAGCGCGCGCAACCCACCCGUUGACCAAGCUCCGCAUGUCCUACAACUCGUGUCGUCCUAUAUUGACAACUCGCGACCCGCGAAGGUACAAGGACAGAUCUCUGGUGCCGAACAACUCGAUUCUGCGCAACCCUCACCUGCGAAUGCUACUGCUUUGGUUACCUACGCAAAUGGCGUGCAAGUCUCGGUUGCAUUCGGACCGGAGAUGGCACCACGCGUACUGCCCGAUACAGGAAAUAAUCGGCAUAAGCGCGUCUGCGUUUUUGGCGAAAAAGGGUUUGUCCACUGGCGGUUUGAGAGUUGGGAACGGAAUCUACCCGGAAGCGGAUAUGAAGGUGGCGAUCUCAACUACGGUGCCCAAGAUGUCAUCGCCCAAGGUGGACUCACAGACGCAGUGUUUAACUGGCUUGACGAUGAGAGCAAGGAGCAUCCGACCCACUUGAAGCAAUCUCUUGCGGAAUUCAACCUGUUGUUGGGAAUUUACUAUAGCGGUUUGACGAACACUGUCGUUGAAUUGCCGUUUGAUCCGCCUGAUGGCAUGAUUGACAUGUUCCGCGAACGACUCUAA